UUGAUUUGAUAUGAUUGAGAUUUGUUGAUUUGAUGCUGUGGUUAUAAGAUAAACAAAAAUGAUUAAAACAUUCUGAACACACCCAUCGAGAUUGAUGUUUAUAUUAACAUUGAAGGCUUCUUCUUUUAUAUCCAAUGUUGUGGGAUAUUUAUAUCACACAACGCAUAACCAUAUACACACCAACAAAUCUGCAUAAUGAGAUCAAAGUUUUCCGCAUGAGUUUAUGGCCACUACACUAUAGUAUACUAGUCGUUUGAAUCAAAUCAAACUAGCUUCAUUAUUUGCUUUUGAUUUCAAUUGAUAAAUUGAUUCAUUUUCAAUAUGAAUAUCUUGAAUUUGUUAUUGCCUUUAAUUGUUGCAUUAUUUGUAACUGCAAAAGAGAUUACAACGGAAAUUUCGGUGGAAAAUUCUUUCGAAAUAUGUCCAGAUGAAUGUGAUCCAAAUGGCUGUCCUGUACCGAAUAACGAAUGUCUUGCUGGUUUAGUAAAGGAUCAUUGUGAUUGUUGUUUUGGCUGUGCACAACGUGAAGGUGAAAGAUGUUAUGAAGAAAAAUUUAAAGAUCAAUUACCUGAUGAUUAUCCAAGAUAUUCAAAAUGUGGUGAUGAUCUUGAAUGUCGUAUUCGUACAGAUUUAGAAUCGACCGAUAAACCAGAAGCAAUCUGUUAUUGUACAAUGAAUGAACCAAUUUGUGGUAGUGAUGGUGUAACAUAUGAAAAUCAAUGCCAAUUUACUGAAGCACGAUACAAGAAUCGAAACAAAUUGUUUGAAGUGGAUAAUCAACCAUGUAAAUCAAGACCACAAAUAAUUUCACCACCAGAAGAUACGACUAAUAAUACGGGCAGUUCAGUCAGUUUUUCAUGUGAAGCAACUGGAUGGCCAUUACCCACAAUUGAAUGGCGAUUGGAACGUGAUGGUGGUAUAGAGAUACCAAUACUAUUGAUGGAUGAGGCACAUUAUGAAAUUCUUACGAAUCAAAGUACUGAUUAUGCAAAUAUUAGUUGGCUACAAAUUAUGGAUGCACAACGUGAAGAUUCCGGCAAUUAUAUCUGUGUAGCUAUCAAUACCGAAGGUGAAGAUAAAGCAGGCGCUUAUUUGACGAUUGGAAAUUUUCAGAAAAGAUUUGAUAUUAUCGAAGAAUGAUGAUGAUGAUGAUGACAUGUUUUAAAUUGUUUCACUUUUCUUCUUUGAUUUAAUUUGACAAAAUAAA